AUGGAGAGAACAAGGGCCUUCAGGAAAGGGGAUCAGCUGUUUGUGUCCUGGGGUAAGCCCCACAGAGGCAAGCCCAUCGCCAAACAAAGACUUUCUCACUGGAUAGCGGAUGCUAUCAUGCUGGUUUACUCCAGCUCAGGCCUUCAGGUUCCAGCUGGGUUGCGGGCACACUCUACUAGGGUUCGCGUCCUCACUACUCCUGCUGCUAUCACAUGUUUUGUAGCAGACUUCCUGAAAACUGACAAACUUAAGGAUGAUCCACCAUUUCAGUUUUCCAUCAGGGGGUAUGCACCUUCGGAUCAAGAUGUGGUCGUUUCUCUCUUUCGCAAUGGGAUUUUAGAGCACGUGUACCCGGCGUUCUUCAGGGCCAUGAGUCAUCCAGACCAUAUCGGUGUGGCCUUGAGCAUUUCCAUGGCUGGCUACGUGUUGGGGGGUAGCUCCUAUUUCCAGGCUUUUCUCUUUGGAAGUGCUUGGGCUGGCUUCAUCUAUUACUGCUGCCAUGAGAUUUAUGAAGGCUACAUGAUGACAAGGUUGAGCACAGACAUGGCUGACAUUCAGGCCAACUACCUCGAUAACCCAGAUAAUGGUUUCUGGGUGGCGGAGACAGAGGUCAAUGGCCAGUCAAAGGUGGUCGGGAUGGUGGCAGUGACAGGUAAAAGGAGAGGGGAGGUUACAGGCAGCGGGAGGGAUGACCAGAAUGGAGGAGUGAUGGUGGAGGAGAAUGCUCACGGUGCUGGAGAUGGCGGUUUUGGCGAGCUACACUUUGUGGUUGUGUCGUUUGUGUGCCGCCGUAAGGGCCUGGGCUCUCAGCUGUCCCAGAAGGCCCUGGAUUUCUGCAAGGAGCGCGGCUACAAUCGACUUGUCCUGGACACCAGCUCACCGCAGACGGCAGCCACAUCCCUGUAUAAUAAAUUAGGCUUUGUUCAAACCUCAUCCCACAAUAACACACACAGGAACCGCUGGUUCUCCAAGAUGGCUAGAAUCAAUGUGAUGCGGCUAGAGAAGUUUGUCUAA